CAGGCCUGGGGCCGUGCCAGCAUUCUUGGUGGACCAGACUUUAUCUCGCCUGUUCGCUGGCUCAUAUAAAGGGGCCCAUUGUCCAAAGGGGUCCAUUGUUGCAGACCCUUCAUCACAGAGCACUACUCAGACACUCCAGGAAAGAUGCAGAGCAGAACAGCGAUCAACGCCAAGUGGGAUAAGCCGAAGUCAAAGAUCACGGCUUCCCGCAAGCUUUCCUUAAAGAUGCUCCUCCUGACGAGAGCCUGCGAGGAUCUGGAGAACGAGAGGCAGGAACGAGAAGAGGAGAAAGUGCACUACCUGGAGGAGAAGCUGCCUCCUCUGCAACUGUCUGGGUUGUCACUGGACGAGCUGCAGGAACUGUGCAAGGAGCUGCACUCCAAGGUCGACGUGGUGGACGAGGAGAGAUACGACUGUGAAUACAAAGUCAACAAACACAACACUGACAUACGUGAGCUGAAACUGAAGGUGCAGGAUCUCGGCGGUAAAUUCAAAAAGCCCGCCCUGAGGAAGGUGAGGGUGUCUGCCGAUGAGAUGAUGAGAGCCCUACUGGGAUCCAAGCACAAAGGUUCCAUGGAUCUCCGUGCCAACCUCAAGUCGGUCAAGAAGGAGGAUGUCAAACUUGACAAGGUGCUCACGAGUGAAGUGGGCGACUGGCGUAAGAACGUGGAGGCCAUGUCGGGUAUGGAGGGCCGCAAAAAGAUGUUUGACACAGGCAGCGCUGCGCAGUGAGGAUGAUUCCAACGUCGGGGUCCUGACGUGGAAAAUGUAGGAAUUAGCUUUCAUGUUUGACGGUAUGUUUUGUAUUGUUUAUUGGCCGGUUAAAGGGGAGAUAAAUAAUUAAAUAAUUUUUCCUCAUUUGAAA